AUGCCUGAGCUCAUGAAAGCUCGAGAUGAACUGCGACGGUCGUUAUGGAAACGACUUUUGAUGGAUUUUGAAAUUGAGGGUCUCGCCGAUAUUCUCACAGUGGUAGUGCCCAGAGUAGCCAGCGCGGAGGUCGGCUUAUGGCGAGCCACCGAUGGGAUCGAUCGGCUCUCCCCAGUAUCCGAGGCAUGGGAACUCCUCCAUGGCGUGCAAGUGAUGUUCAACCAGUGGUUCGGGCUUAAUCCCACCUCUGGAGCUUCACAGGUGUUGACGUAUGAUCCCUUCGCGGACACUAAGCAUCUGUCUGUGACCAUCAACGAGGAUGACUCUUUGUCGAGCUUUGUUGGCGACUUUAUUGUUGCGGUAGUUCAAGAAGAGGUUCUUCCGUUGGUGGUGAGUCAAUCGGCCGAGAAAGCCGCUGAAGUUGCGAACGAAGUUCAUCCAGAGAUCCAUGCACUCACCGCUGAAUCAAUAUCAGAGUUCCUGUCGAUUCCUGCGGCUCCUAUGAAGCUUCAUCUACUAUUGUUGUACGCCCCUUGGUGUGUUCAUUGUCUUACCUUCCUAUGGCAUGUUCUACACCCACUGGUUGAAGCUCUCUCGGUAACGAAUGGAGAGGUCCUUGCAAGAUAUCCCAUGUUUGACACGUCUAACAUGACCAAAGUCAUCGAGUGGAUGGAAAUUAUUUUCAAUACUGUUGGUGUUUCGGAGAGUAGUCAGAAAGACGAAUUAUGA